AUGGAGGUUUGGGUGAAGGAAGAAAUGAAAAGAUUGCAGAAUCCUUUAGAACAAGUGAAUGAUGGAAAAUAUUUACUUGAAAAUCACCAGUUGGCCAUGGAUAUGGAGAAUAAUAUUGAAAAAUAUCACCUCAAUCUACAGCCCUUGGAAUCAAAAGUGAAAAUCAUUCAGCGAGCGUGGCGCGAGUACCUGCAGCGGCAGGACCCCCUGGAGAAGAGGUGCCCGUCCCCGCCCUCCGUGUCCUCGGACAAGCUGAGCAGCUCCGUCAGCAUGAACACCUUCUCCGACAGCAGCACACCCGUGAGUGCCAUUUACCUUUUCAUGGUCUGA